AUGCUGAGGAGAAUCUCGACCCAGUUUAAACGGUCCAAGGACUUGAAGGAUUCUAAGGAUUUCAAGGACUCUAAUGGGGAGAACACAGAGAAUAGCACAGAGAAGAACAGCAAACGUGCCUCGAAGGUCUCACCAACUCGAAAGUCCUUCUCGGCUAAGGAGGAACAUCACGUCGUGAAGCGUGCCGAGGUCGUUGCUGUAUUUGAGAAGUUUGCGCAGGCGAUUCACGCUUCAAAGGAGCCAUUGCCCAAUCAGACCAGUGAUGGCGCCUACUUGAAGCAUGACAAGUCGUCCGGUCUCAUUAAUGACAUCAAGUCUCUGGGAUUCCGCGAGUUAAAUACCGUUAAAGACCUGAUCGCGAGCAAAGCCUCCGGUGAGCUGGUUGAUGACAAGACUUACUUGAUGGAGCGCAUUAUCCAAAUGGUCGCGGAUUUGCCUGGUAACUCCAAGAACCGCACCGAACUCACCAGUUUAUUCCUGGAUGAGCUAUGGAACUCAAUUCCUCAUCCUCCUCUCUCUUACAUGGGAGACGAAUACAAGUACCGCUCCGCCGAUGGCUCAAACAACAACCCUACUCUCCCGUGGCUGGGAGCUGCGAAUACCGCCUACUGCCGCACUAUCCCUCCCCUGACCAUCCAGCCCAGUGGAUUGCCUGACGCCGGUUUGAUUUUUGAUACCCUCUUUGCUCGUCAGGAGUUUACCCCGCAUCCCAACAAGGUCUCCAGUGUUUUCUUCGACUGGGCCUCCUUGAUUAUUCACGACAUCUUCCAAACCGACUACCGUCAACAGCACUUGAACAAGACUUCCGCUUAUCUUGACUUGUCCAUUUUGUAUGGCGAUGUCCAGGAGCAACAGGAUCUGAUCCGCUCCCACCAAGACGGAAAGCUGAAGCCCGACUGCUUCUCCGAGGGUCGUCUGCAGGCUCUGCCUGCUGCCUGCGGUGUUCUGCUGGUCAUGCUGAACCGUUUCCACAACCAUGUUGUUACUCAGCUAGCUGAAAUCAAUGAAAAUGGUCGCUUCAGCAAGCCCCGCCCUGGUCUGUCUGAGGAGGACGCCAAGAAAGUCUGGACUAAGCGUGAUGAGGACCUGUUCCAGACUGGUCGUCUGAUCACCUGCGGUCUGUACAUCAACAUCACUCUAUAUGAUUACCUGCGCACCAUUGUCAACUUGAACCGCACCAAUUCCACCUGGUGCUUGGAUCCACGUGCCCAAGUUGAAAAGGCCGGAGCCACUCCAUCCGGUCUCGGCAACCAGUGCUCGGUUGAGUUCAAUUUGGCCUACCGGUGGCACUCCACCAUCAGCCAAGGCGACGAGAAGUGGAUUGAGCAGAUCUACCAUGACCUCAUGGGCAAGCCUGCCGAGGAGGUCACUAUGCCUGAGCUACUGAUGGGGUUGAAGAAGGUUGAGGGUUUGCUCGACACUGACCCCGCCAAGCGUACCUUCGCCCGCUUGCAGCGUAACGAAGAUGGAUUCUUCAAUGAUGGAGAGCUGGUAAACAUUCUGACUCACGCCACCGAGGACGUGGCCAGCUCUUUCGGCCCCCGAAACGUUCCCAAGGCUAUGCGCUCUAUCGAGAUCCUCGGGAUCGAGGCUUCGCGUAGAUGGAAUGUUGGUUCUCUCAACGAGUUCCGUAAGCACUUCGGUUUGAAGCCUUACGAGACUUUCGAGGAAGUCAAUUCCAACCCCGAGAUCUCUAAUACCCUGCGUCACCUCUAUGACCACCCUGAUUUUAUUGAGCUAUACCCCGGUAUUGUCACCGAGGAGGCCAAGGAGCCCAUGAUUCCAGGUGUCGGUAUCGCCCCGACCUAUACCAUCUCCCGUGCUGUGUUGUCGGAUGCCGUUGCCCUUGUCCGUGGUGACCGUCAUUACACGAUUGACUACAACCCCCGGAACCUAACCAACUGGGGCUACAACGAGUGCCGCUACGAUCUCAAUAUCAACCAGGGCUGCAUAUUCUAUAAGCUGGCCACGCGCGCCUUCCCCAACCACUACAGGCCUGACUCCAUCUACGCUCAUUACCCUAUGACUAUCCCCAGCGAGAACCGUAACAUCAUGAAGGAUCUAGGCCGUGAGCAGGAUUACUCCUGGGACAAGCCUGCCUUCAUAGAGCCUCGUGUCAACUUGGCCUCUCACCAAAAUGCCAAGCUACUGCUUGAGAACCAGAGGGACUUCCGUCCCAGUUGGGCCCGCUCCGUGUCUGAGCUCUUCGGCAAGGGCGAGUUUGAUACCAAGCAGCGUGAGGCUAUCGGCAAGGCUCUCAAUACUGAAGAUUUCCCCAAGCUCGUCAAGACCUUCUACGAAGACAUCACCGAGCGUUUGAUUGUCGAGAAGGGUGGCCAGCUGGGCAAGAUCAACCAGAUUGAUAUCACUCGUGAUGUCGGCAACCUGGCUCACGUCCACUUCGCCUCUACCAUCUUUGGCAUUCCCCUGAAGACCGAGCAGAGCCCGCAGGGUCUCUUCACCGAGCACGAGAUGUACAUGAUCCUUUCCACCAUUUUCUCCGCUCUAUUCUUCGAUGUCGACGCUCCUCGUUCUUACGCCCUGAACCAUGCCGCCUCCGCCGUCUCCACCCAGCUCGGUCAGGUCGUCGAAGCCACCGUCAAGGCCGACACCAACAGUGGCCUCUUCUCCGGCAUCAUGGACAGCUUCCGGCCGCAUGACAACGCCCUCCGCGAGUUCGGAACUGAAGCUGUCCGCCGCAUGAAGGAGGCCGGAUCCAGCGCCUCCGACAUUACCUGGUCUGCCAUCAUCCCAACGAUCGUCGGUCUGGUCCCCAGUCAGGGCCAGGUUUUCACCCAAAUCAUCGAGUUCUACACCGCGCCCGAAAACCAGGCCCACCUGGCUGCAAUCCAUAGCCUCACCAAGACCGACUCUGCCGAAUCGGACGAGAAGUUGCACCGCUACUGUCUGGAGGCUAUUCGCCUGAACGGCACCUUUGGCGCCUUCCGCGAGGCCAAGGAAGCUGUCACCAUCGAGGAAGACGGCAAGGUCUACGCUGUCCAACCCGGUCAGCAGGUCUUCGCCUCCUUCAACCAGGCAAACCACGAUCCUAGCGUUUUCCCCGAGCCCUACCAGGUCAACCUCCAUCGCCCUCUCAACUCAUACAUCAAUCACGGCCAGGGUCCUACAACCGGAUUUGGCGAGCAGAUUACCAAGAUCGCGCUUGUUGCCAUGCUGCGUGUCGUCGGUCGUCUGCAGGGUCUCCGUCGUGCUGCUGGUGCCCAGGGCCAGCUUCAGAAGAUACCCCAGGAGGGAGGCUACUAUGUUUACCUCCGCGGUGACGGAGCUGCCUACUGUCCCUUCCCCAUGUCGCUCAAGCUGCACUGGGAUGGUCCAGUCGGGCAGAAGAAGACUCCAUCUUCUUAA